CUGACUGGCUGAACUACAGCUCAGACCGGCCCUCUGCUCUGACGUCAUACUGACAUUUCUAGGUUUGGAUUUAAAGGUGUGAGGAAGUGAUGAACACAGACAGCAGCAGCGUCUGUCAGUGUCUGCAGACGGAGGAGGAGGAGGAGGAGGAGGAGGACGUCUCUCUGACCUCACCUGGACUUUAACAGGUGAGCAGCCUGACAGAAAACCAUGAUGACGGCAGUGGACCUUUUCAACACUCUGGAGGAUUUAAAAGAAGAUGAAUUUAAGAAAUUCAAAUGGUAUCUGCAGCAGCCAAACAUCCUGGAAGGUUACCAAAGCAUCAAAGUGUCCAUGUUGGAGGAUGCAGAAAGGCAGGACACAGUGGAUGUGAUGGUGAAUACCUAUCACCUUCAUGGAGCUCUGAAGGUGACCAAGAAGGUUUUAGAGAUGAUCAACAGGAAUGAUCUAGCGCAGAGUCUGCCAGACACCAGCUCAGGACCAGAAGAGUCAGUGCAUGUCAGUGAUGUUGGAGAGACUUCACAGAACAGAGGAACUCCCUCCUCUCAGAGCAAAGGUAAGCUGCUGUAUUCUCUGGUCAGUAUGGAAGCCCUGAGUGACAAAGUGGCAGUUUAAAGUUUGAAAA